GACGUAUCCAUCGACGCUUUCGCCGGAAGCACUAGUGUGCGUCUUUACAGUCUUUGCCUGUGUGUGUGUGUGUUCUUUUUUUUUUUUUUUUAGUUUUGGAACAUGUCACGGAGCAUUUAGACAACUUUUCAUUAUGAAGUGAAUCCAUCGGGAUUAAUUUAGUUAGCUUGUGGCUAACGGUUAGCCCGGGAAAAGCCACAGUAGGUGCUGUUAGCUGUGACAGUCAGUCCGGGGAUUUAGACGUCAGUGCCAACAUGGCAGCAGGUAACCAGGGUCCAGCCUCGGCAGGUGAACACAAGACUCCUUCACGCAGACACACUGAUGCGAACAGGAAGUUGAAGUACAUCAGUUUGACCGUAUUGGUGAUCCAGAAUGCCUCGCUCAUCCUCAGCAUCCGUUACGUGCGGACGUUGCCGGGAGACCGCUUCUUCACCACGUCCGCUGUGGUCAUGGCUGAGGUCCUGAAGGUCUUCACCUGCCUCAUCGUCAUCCUGUUCCAGAAGAGAGGAAACAUCAGGGACUUUGUAGCCUUGCUGUACGACUGUAUAGUGGUGCAGUAUUGGGACACGCUGAAGUUGGCGGUUCCAUCGCUUAUCUACACGCUACAGAACAACCUGCAGUAUGUGGCCAUCUCGAAUUUACCAGCUGCCACGUUCCAGGUAACCUAUCAGCUGAAGAUAUUAACGACAGCGCUGUUCUCGGUGCUCAUGCUGAGGAAGAGCCUGUCCCGUGUCCAGUGGGUCUCUCUGCUCCUCUUGUUCGCCGGUGUGGCCAUCGUCCAGCUGGAGCAGGACGGCAGCAAGAAGAAGGAGGCCAUCGUCUCGGCCGGCUCUCAGAGCUACGUGAAGGGCCUGCUGGCCGUGAUAGUGUCUUGCCUGUCGUCGGGCUUCGCAGGCGUUUACUUUGAGAAGAUCCUGAAAGGAAGCAGCGCCUCACUCUGGCUCCGAAACGUGCAGCUGGGGCUCUUCGGGACGCUCCUUGGCCUGCUCGCCCUGUGGUGGAACGACGGCGCGCAGAUCGCCGAGCAGGGCUUCCUGUUCGGCUACACGCCCACGGUAUGGGGCGUGAUUUUCAACCAGGCGUUCGGCGGCCUUCUGGUGGCCGUGGUGGUCAAAUACGCCGAUAACAUCCUCAAGGGCUUCGCAACCUCCUUCUCCAUCGUGGUGUCUACGGUCACGUCCGUCUACCUCUUCGGUUUCCACGUGGACGUCCUGUUCACGCUCGGCGCUGGCCUCGUCAUCGGCGCCGUCUACAUGUACAGUCUACCCAAAGCUGCGGCUCCGCCCACCGGCGCCGAGUCCUUCCCUUCCUCUUCCUCGUCCUCCUCUUCCUCGCAGACGGACGGGUUCCUUCCAAAGAGCCUAGAAAAGGAGAAAGGAAGCUAAAAUAUGAAGAGAGAAGAGGAUGGGAAUGAAGGUGAUGAGUCUUCGGAUGCUACUUCAAAUAACAUUUCUUAAACUUUAUAUAUAACAAAGAUAUUUCUUCCUGGAGCACUACAGAAUGUGCUAGAAGUUUGUUCUCUAACAUUUACUGUACUUUUUCUGUUUUUAAAAUUACACUUCACUUUUUAAAAAAAAAGACUAUAUAGCCUAUAAUUAAUUAAUUUAUAUAUAUAUAUAUA